AGAGGCAACUACAUUGCCUGGAGGAAGCCUAAGGAAGUCAGGCAUCCAGCUGCCCACCCCUGAGCCCAAGAUUCUUCCCAGGAACACAAACGUAGGAGACAUAUGCUCCUGGAAGCACCAGCCUUUAUCUCUUCACCUUCAAGUCCCCUUUCUCAAGAAUCCUCUGUUCUUCGCCCUCUAAAGUCUUGGCACAUCUAGGACCCAGGCAUCUUGCUUUCCAGCCACAAAGAGACAGAUGAAGAUGCAGAAAGGAAAUGUUCUCCUUACAUUUUGUCUACUAUUGCAUUUAGAAGCCGCCACCAGCUCUGAGUCCAGCACAACCUCCGGUGGGACCAGCACAGCCACCAGCUCUGAGUCCAGCACAACCUCCGGUGGGGCCAGCACAGCCACCAGCUCUGACUCCAGCACAACCUCCAGUGGGACCAGCACAGCCACCAGCUCUGAGUCCAGCACAAACUCCAGUGGGGCCAGCACAGCCACCAGCUCUGACUCCAGCACAACCUCCACUGGGGCCAGCACAGCCACCAGCUCUGAGUCCAGCACAACCUCCAGUGGGGCCAGCACAGCCACCAGCUCUGAGUCCAGCACAAACUCCGGUGGGGCCAGCACAGCCACCAGCUCUGAGUCCAGCACAAACUCCAGUGGGGCCAGCGCAGCCACCAGCUCUGAGUCCAGCACAACCUCCAGUGGGACCAGCACAGCCACCAGCUCUGAGUCCAGCACAACCUCCGGUGGGACCAGCACAGCCACCAGCUCUGAGUCCAGCACAACCUCUGGAGGGACCAGCACAGUCACCAGCUCUGACUCCAGCACACCCUCCAGUGGGGCCAGCACAGCCACCAGCUCUGGGUCCAGUGUGACCUCCGCAGGCUCUGGAACACCCACUCUGACUGGGACGCACACAACUUCCCACAGAGUUAUCACAAGUGCCUCUACUGCAGUGAGUGGGGCGGAGCCUGGGGGGUCCCUGCUGCCAUGGGAAAUCUUCCUCGUCACGCUGGUCUCGGUUGUGGCGGCCGUGGGGCUGUUUGCUGGGCUCUUCUUCUGUGUGAGAAACAGCCUGUCCCUGAGAAACAUCUUUAACACAGCUGUCUACCGCCCCCAUGGCCUUGGCCCAGGCCCUGGAGGGAAUCGUGGAGCCCCCCACAGGCCCAGGUGGAGCCCUAACUGGUUCUGGAGGAGACCAGUAUCCUCGAUAGCCAUGGAGAUGAGUGGGAGGAACAACGGACCCUGAGCAGCUCCCGAAGCGAGUGCCGCAUUCUUCAGGAAGGAAGAGACCUGGGGACCCAAGACCUGGUUUCCUUUCAUUCAUCCCAGGAGACCCCUCCCAGCUUUGUUUGAGAUCCUGAAAAUCUUGAGGAAGACAUUCCUCGCCUCUCUUGCCUUUACCAGACACUGGAAAGAGAAUACUAUAUUGCUCGUUUAGCUAAGAAAUAAACACAUCUCAU